AUGGUUACACUUGAACUUGACGACCUUCACUCUCUGCACAAUGCUCGUAAAGAGAGGCAGCGUGCUGGGUCGAACACGGCACAUCGGAUGGAGCAUAAGCAAUUGGUGGCCUUUUAUGGGAGGCGGCAGCGACUAUUUAGCGCUUACAUAGCAAGACACUAUGGCAGCAGCUGGAGUACGAGCAAGGGCAUGAGAAGAAUUGCCCGGCGGCUGGGACGGCGGCAGAGAGAACCGGAAAUCAGAACCGACGCCGAGCAAGAAUUUGCGCGCCUCCUUACUGCCCACAGCCUCGUAGGGAAGGACCACGCCAGCAUUGACAUUCUGGUAUGGGACCAGAUGUCGCUCAUGACGGACAUGUUCGCAGAGCCCCAAAAGCGUGAGGCCGAUAGAAAGUUGGAGACUGCCGAGACCAAGGAUCGACAACCACGAUUGGUGGCUCGCAGCACUGACACGGACGAGGCUUCGAAAGCCCGAGGCCAGUCAAAGCAGCUGAUGGUCAGGUCUGGCGGCCUUGGAGAUGACGUCAUGCCGUUUUGCUGCGACAGCCUGUAUGACUAUGAGGAGUAUGCCGAGGAUGGCAACGUGUUGUGGAGGACCACUGCUACCUGGGACCACAUCUUUGAUGAAGCAGCAUAUGCGAGGAAGGAUGCCAUGUGUCAGGCUGAGGUUGACGAGUCCAACGCCGACGACUGGGGUGUUGCUGCCGGCUUUACUCACUACGAACACAGGCUGCUGCGGAACCCAAAGUACACAUUAAACGGAAACAAGGACUUGGGGAAACAAUUCUUGUGCAUGUUUAAAGGCAACGAGCGGCUAUAUGACUGCAGCCAAACAGUAAGCGCCCUGGCUCGCGCCGCUCAAAUAUCCCCCCUGGCCUCCACGUCCAUCAGUGUUACGGAAUACAGCCUUUACACAGGCGGCCCGGUGGCUGUACCACCGCCGUAUUCGUUCACCUUUCCUUCCGAGGUGGUUGCCCCAAACUUGCAAUUGGGCGAAGCAGGGUGCGUAUAUCUCAAUGGGAUGGAGGUGAAGAACACCAAAAGACACCGCGCCGAAGCAAUAUCCAUGGCACAGCCGCGCCUUGUGCCAGACUUCUUGCGGGCCGGGGAUGUUUCCCCAUGUUUCUACAACAUGUGCAUAGUGGCUGGCCGGCUGAGAUAUGACUGCUUUGAUAUGAUGAUGGGCAGUUAUGCAUUCACCAUGGCCGACUACGCUGACAAAUUCGGCGCCGACAAAACGGCAGCAACCCAUGGCUGGGCCAAUGCUGUCAUCAACAGUUUCGUGAACCCCAGAGCCGUCCACUACAACAUCGAAUCGUCCAUGUGUACUGCGGACGUGAUUGUGCAGAGACUCAUUGACAACUAUGAACGGGGCCCGUUGCCUUCACCCGAGAGCUCUUUGACGCGCGGUGGAUUGAUGGUCGGCGGAGGGACGUACAAGGGCUGGUACGACAGUACCUGUAUUUACGUGCGUCAAGCACUCGAGAGCGUUGCCACGUUCCACGACUUCUGGGACCUGAUCGAGGACACUGCUGGGGGCGAGGGUGGAAAUAUGUGCAGGCUUUACACCAAGGAAGCGCUUUGCCACAUGGCCGACUGGUGUCACGACAUAGGCAGACGGCUGGCUGAGUGUGAGUGCGGCGACCGGAUGCAUGGCUUUGGCUAUGUCUGGUUCCUGGUCAGCGAGCUGUACUAUGUUACCACCGCCAGAUGGGGACUGUUGACUGCGCGCGGAGAUGGCCAUGAGCCUCUAAGCUACCACAGCAGAGAGCCGUGGCUGACUGACGGGACACCGUACUGGACGACGGAUGUUGUGCGAGUCAAGGAAGCCAGGACGAGACUGGUGGAAUCCAUGAUCGGCCGAACAUGCCGUGAUCUUGUCACACUGGCCGUGUCCCCCGAUGUUCACCCAGAGAUGCAGAAUCUCAUGCGCAUGUGGGGGAGCGUUUCCAACAGAACGUUUGCCGGUAGUGUCAAGAUGCACUACCACAUGAGCAACGCGGUAGCUGCUUCCGCACCGCUUGGCGUACGCAGAGCCGACGUCGACUGGAGAACCUGGGUUGAGGUAUACAACGCCCUGAGCUACGAGGUGUCCUUCAACCCGAGCAGUCCGUACCGGUGUGUGACGUCGCGGUACGCAGAAGUCCUGGAUGUCCAGUUUCGCAGCAAGGGGCGAAUAUCACACGCGAUAAACACAGAAGUAACUGAUGAGUACGCGUGUUAUCAGAGGAAUAGCGGAGGUACCGCAGCCUAUGUGGAUUAG